UCGGAGCGUAAUACGUGCUUACUUCAGUUAUUUUACAUAAAUAUAAGUAAAUCCCAGAAACAGUACUAAUCAUAUUGUUUGAAAGGUAUCAGCAUAAUACUUUAGAAAGGAAAAGGCUCCAGCAGAUUUGAAUCGAUCGUCGCGACUCAACCGGAAAUCCGGCGACUCCAUAGCCACACACGUUGUCUCUAGCACAGGGGAAUAGAGAUCGUCGCAGCGUUUCUUUCUUUUCUGAACAGGCGCAGUCCUAGAGAACUCGCAAAAGGAGUAAAAGGCUCCUACAUAACCUGUCAAUAUCAAUAUAUUGUAUGAGUCAGAAGGUAGAAAAACCAGUAUUAUCGGGUCAACGGAUCAAGACCAGAAAAAGAGAUGAGAAAGAGAAGUACGAUCCGAACGGCUUCCGCGACGCGCUCGUGCAAGGUCUGGAGCGCGCCGGCGGUGACCUUGACGCGGCGUACAAGUUCUUAGACGCGGCUGGCUCGAAACUCGACUAUCGGCGCUAUGGCGAGGUCAUAUUUGACGUGCUCAUCGCCGGGGGGCUUCUGCUCCCCGGCGGUUCGGUGUCGAUGGACGGCGAAUCCCCGAAGACUAACACCUGCAUCUUCACCGCAAACGAGGACAUGGAUUCCAUGCGAAACUUUGAACAGGUAUUUGUGAAGCUCAUGAGACGUUACAAAUACUUGGAAAAGAUGUUUGAGGAGGAGAUGAAAAAGGUGCUGGUGUACCUCAAGGGUUUCGAGCCACUGCAGCGCAUCAAGCUUGCUCGUAUGACUGCACUAUGGAUCGGCAAUGGUUGCGUACCACCGUCGGUCCUGCUGGUGCUAGUAAACGAGCACUUGUUGAAGGACAACCUGGCGCUGGACUUUGUGCUGGAAGUGUUCGCCACCGUGAAGGCGGAGCGAGGAGUCACAUCCCUCGUCACCGCACUCAAGCGGGGGCAGCUUGAAGGCAGACUGCUGGAGUUCUUGCCGUUGAACCGUCGCAGCGAGGACGUGCUGGCCGCGUCGUUCGCGUCGCGCGGUCUCGGCGAGUUACUCCGCCUGCAUCGCGCGCAAGCCUCGCAGGAAGCUCGCCGCGAGCUCACGCAGGCGCUGCAGGACGAGCUCGCCGAAGACAAGCCUGUGCGGGACCUCAUACAGGACCUGCGCGACAUGGCGCACAAACACUCCAUUCCUGAACACGAAGUCGUCGCUAUUAUUUGGCAAUGUGUGAUGUCACGAGGCGAAUGGAACAAGAAGGAGGAACUGCUGGCGGAGCAGGCAGCCAAACACUUGCGUCACUACACACCACUGCUGGCUGCCUUCGCGCAGUCUGCUAAAGCUGAAAUCGCAUUAUUGACUAAGGUGCAGGAGUACUGUUACGAGAACAUGAACUUCAUGCGAGCGUUCAGCAAGCUGGUGGUGAUGCUGUACAAGACCAACGUACUGUCGGAGGAGGUGAUCCUCAAGUGGUACCGCGAGCCUAACUCCAGCAAGGGCAAGAUGAUGUUCCUCGACCAGAUGAAGAAGUUCGUCGAGUGGCUACAGAGCGCCGAAGAAGAGUCCGAGAGUGGCGAAGAAGAAGAUUAGAUUAAGAGCAGCGAGUGAGACUGACAACACAAAGCGCCGUCCCACCAUUGAAGCAUAAUCACAUCGCACCCGACCGACCGCUGACCGACCGCCGACCGACCGCCGACCGACCGACGACAGCCCGACACUCCCGACGCACGGGGCGGCGCUCCAACCGACCGACAGCCCGGCCGUCGCACCUACCAAUAAUAACUGUACCAUAAUAUAAGUAAUAUUGUUAACACAGGGCGACCACACGGGACAAUGUUUUCUACAACUGUAUAUUAUUCAUUUCUAAAUAACAUGUUGAUGAAAUACCAUAUUUUUUAUUCAAUUUUUUUAGUAAAAUUCAAAUAAAUGGUGGAAACCAAUUCGGUGUUUUAUUGUGAAUCUGUGGAACUUGUUGUGUUCCAAAUUUUAUAUAACAUCACACCGGAUUUUCCCCAAAGGCACUUUUAGAAGAUACCUCUGUUAAGUUGAAAGUUUAAAAUCUAGAAUUAUUAUCAGCAUAACAAAAGACCUUCAUACAAUUGUUAAUACUAGAACAUUGCGAAUCAAUGAAGUGUUCGUUAGAAUGGGGCCUACCAUAAUUUUGUUCACUACAUGGCGCAAUUGUGGAAUUCUCGUUCUUCGUUCGAUAUGGAAUUGGCUAAUGUUACCUCAUUGGACGACCAAUAUGUAAAAUUUCAACAUUUUUGCGCCAUCUGCCGACCAAAAAUACGGUAGCUCAUAUUGUGUAAUAUCGUAAACAAAUAGGUAGUAAAUACCUACUCUAAGAGGUGAAUAGAUACAGAAGAGGUGUAAAUAGAAAUUGGAAAAUUGUUCUAGUAUUUAUUCAUCCCUCUUCUGCAUCUAUUACCCUCUCUGUUCUACAGUACCUGCAUGUAACGCAGUAUUGUUUCAAAUAAAUAGGUAGGCUAAAUUGUUUUCACGAUUAAUUAGUUCAAGUUUCUAAUACACAAGUAUUUUAGAAUAGUAAGCAAAUAACUGUCGUUCCUUUUUGAUUAACUUCUAAAAAACUGUAACAGAACAAAAAUAUAACUGACCAAUAUUAUUAUACGUGUACACGUGUUAGCCAAUAAAAGAAUUUAAAAUUGA